AUGAGUCAUGUAUCAGAACUUUUGAGAUCAUCUUUGAUAUUUGGUUCUAUAUUUACUGUUCUCUUUGGUAUAUCAAUCAGUUCUUUAUUUUUGGGUUUUACAAAAUAUGACGAAUGUCCAUUUCAACCGCUUCUUCCUCAAGGUCUUCUUGGUUUUGGAUUCAUAGGCUCAAUAUGUAGCAUUAUUGCUCUUAUUCUCGUAGUGCUGUCAUUCGUUAAAGUGGAUGACUCAGGUACUCACUUAUUGUAUCUACUUGGUGCGAUUAUAUUUGUGAUGAUAUACGGUAUUAGCGCAUUUAUUUUGACAUCUAUGAUUGUCUUCUUGUUUCGCACAGACUACUCCCAUUGUCAAUUAGAAAAUCCAACAGAUCUUAAUCCGAUUCUUCGGUCAUAA